GAAACUCCUGUUGCCGCUCUGUCAACUCGAGGCAAUAGGAAAGGAUGUAUCUGGAUGGCUUGGCGGACAGAUCCUUCCCAACCAUGGAGAGCCGUACACGUCUUCUUCUACUGGUGCUGGGGAUGUCAGUUUUCACUGCGAGUCGCGGCCAGACUACCCAGAAAAUAGGCAACCUGACGCUCGUCUGUCCUCCAGCGGUGUGUCCUGCUGGGCAGUACCGGUCAGCGGACAACACCUGCCAGAUGUGUGCAGUCGGGGAGUACCAGCCGGCGUCAGGGCAGACAAACUGUACAACAUGUGACACUGGAUUUACCACAAAAGCGACAGGAUCAAAUAUGGCAACAGAUUGCUUAAUCGUGUGUUCCGCGGGGAAGUAUCGGAGUUCCCGCACUGUCUGCAGCGUCUGUGACGUAGGAACAUACCAGCCCAACACCGGGGCCGAGUCCUGCAUCAACUGUACCACUGGCUUCAUCACCUCCAACAACGCCUCGACGGCGGAAAGUGACUGUUAUAGGCUGUGUCCGGCUGGUCAGUACCGUCCAGCCAGUGACCGCAGAGCGUGCAAUGAAUGUAUGCUGGGCACCUACCAGCCGUCAAGUGGCAAGACGAGGUGCAUCACCUGCACGCCCGCUGGUUAUAUCACAUUACAGAAUGCCUCUACCAAGGCGGACGACUGCAUGCCUUCGUGUGGCGCAGGGAAAUACCUUAAUGUGACGUCACGCUCGUGUAUCCCGUGUCCCCUUGGCACCUUCUUGCCCACAGCAGGAACCACCACUCAGUGUCGCCUGUGCCCCACCGGCAGGACAACGACCUUGACGGGUGCAACUCAAGAAGCCAACUGUGACCUUGUUGACUGUCAGCCAGGUUACUUCAGGAAAGAGAACCAGGGUUGUCAGACAUGCGGCAAGGGGUUCUACCAGCCGACCAGAGGACAGACAUCUUGUAUAAAGUGUGACGUGAACACGACUACAUUUCUCUCUGUUACUAAUGCCACAGACAAAGCCCAGUGUAUCGCUGACUGCGCUGAGGGAACUGGAUAUAAUCGACUAACAAAAGCAUGUGACUCCUGCCCAAUCGGUCAGAUCCGGAAACCCAACAUCAGCGACUACUGCUACUUCUGUCCUACUGGUCAGACUACGGCAUUUGCAGGAUCAAAGACAUGCUUGGACUUCCAAGCUACUACACGGGCACCUGUGUUCAAGACAGUGACAGUACGGAUGUCAUUCUUUGUAACGUCAUGCCAGAACCCGACUUUGAUUCAUAACACGAUCACAGCACAGAUCAGGUUCUUAAUCACAAUCCGUGCAAGCGUGUUCCCGGGCCUCUGUCAGGGCAGUUCCUGUGGUAACAUUGCGAUCAUCAUCAUAGUUCCGUGCGGAGGGACCCGCAGGAAGAGGCAAACAGGAGAAACAAUCACUGCUGAAGUAAAAGCGUCAAAUCUCCCAGAGCAAAUACCCAACACAGACAACACUCUUUCAAGAAGUCCUGAAUCGCUGCUGGUGCAGGCUCUGGACGAUAACGCUGCUGCCACCCCAGUCCUGGCUCCGACUGGCAUAACAUCCGGUCCGAUCAAUCUUGAAGGUUCAUCGACGUCGUGCGCACCGGGCUCAGUGUUGAAGUCUGGAUCUUGUGGUCAGUACACAUCAAAACUGUAUAUUCCAGACACAGUGGUGCCUGAAGAUUUCAGGACAUCUAUUUCACCUUAUCAUACAAAUUACUUACCUUAUCCCAUUUCCAAAGGUAGUGGAAAAGUCUUUUGCUGUGUUCCCGGAGAAGAGAAACAUAUAUCUCACCCAAAUGCACCCCGAGCUGCACAUGCAAACAUGAACCACGUCACUUUGCCGAUAACUCGUCUCUCUUUUAUUUUCGCGGCAACGGAAUAAUUAGGAAUGUUUGCUUGGUGCUCUGUCAUCCGAGAGAUCGUGUCGAAAUUAACCGUUUGAAAAAAAUACAUUUAAGAAGUUCGAUCUUAAGUGUUCAUCACAAUCUUCGUCAUCCUCAUGACGUGAGGUAACACCAAUGCCUCCUUCAGAGGAAGCGGGGGGCACGGGUGGCCCAGUCGUCCAAGGUGCCGCGAUUCGCUGUGCAGAGUUGCGUCCCUUGGGCACGCCAGAAACCUAUAAUUGUGGGUUCGAAUCCCGGUUCGACUUCUCCCAGUUGAACACUGUACCAUUUAUUCCCAUGGUCAACUGAUUACAAGUAAUAGUAACACAGUAACAUUUCCCAAUUACUGACUGGCAGUGAAUCAAGUUCUUCUCCUCCAGUAUAGCGUACCUGGCAGAUACAUAGUGGGCAUGGUUUAAUAAGAAUAUUCGAAACUAUCAUAUUUUAACAAGCUUUAUUCUUGUUUUAUCGAAAAUAUAUUAUCGAAAAUGUGCAGUUUAAUGUGUUUGUAACUCAAGAUGAAUAGCACUAGCAAGUGAGAAAUUAUUCAAAUAUUCAUUAUUGGACUCAAAUGAAUGCUUUAAAUCAAUAUGGUGACGAGAGCGUGUCGUGAGAGUGAUGGGAACGUGAUGGAAGGGUGAGGGAUUUGCCUUGCUUUGCUUUGCUUUGCUUUGCUUUGCUUUCCUUUGCUUGCUCAAUACCUUUGGACUUUACACAUACUUGUUAUGGAACACUUCUGCUUUUCGAGCACUGCACAUCAGGCCUAAUGGCAAUAAGAACUUCGGGAUAGAAUGACAUGUUAUGUUUACCGCAUGUGUUUUCUCCAUAUGAAAACAAUAAGUGUUUGAAUGUGUUAAUCUCCAGAUAAUUGUUGUAUUAUUAUUGAUAAAGUGUGAUCUUAACAUGAUAACCUUAAACUAUAUAUACAUUAAAGCGACAAUGUACAAUGUCCAUAAUUAUACAAAAUCUCCAUUAAAAGCAGAGUCCAUUUUAUGAUUCUGACUACAUCAUAAGCAAGUGUUUAUGAAUCACGAUAUAAAGUUUGGAAAACAGCUAUAAUUCUUAUAUUAACAAUCUCAUUUGUUACCCAAAUCUGGUCAAUAUGUAAUAUUCCAUGUUGCAGAUGGCUGUUCUGGCACCAUGUUGCAGGACGAUUCAUCUUUUUACAAAGUAUUCGUCAAUCUGUAUUCCAUGUAGCAAAGUGCUGUCCUUCUGGCACUCAGUUGCAGGCGGAUGUCAUUUACUUCCAAGUAUUGGUCAAUGUGUAUUCCAUGUAGCAAAGUGCUGUCCUUCUAGCACCGAGAUGCAGGACGAUUCCAUAAUUAUACGAAAUCUCCACUAAAAGCAGAGUCCAUUAUAUGAUUACAACUACAUCAUAAGCAUGUGUUAAUGAAUCACUAUUAAAGUUUGCGAAACAGCUCUUAUUCUUGUUAAUAUCAGUUGUUACCCACAUCUGGUCAAUAUGUAAUAAUCGAUGUUGCAGAUAGCUGUCCUUCUGGCAGUCAGCUGUUUUGUCUGUCUCAAAUGAAAAAAUUAC